GCCGUGUUCGUUCUGUCGCCUCAGUGCACCCGGCUUGUAAAUCCAGCCAAUCACACAUCGCCGUCGACUAAAAUCCAGCCAAUGAGAAGCCACGUUCGAGGAUCUUGACCACGCCAGUGGAGCUCAGUUUUCAAAAUGACCAAGUCCCUCCAAGCCCCGCCUUCGACGAUCCAGAUCGGCGACAUUAGCUGCCCCGUUGUCCACUCGCCGACGGCUGCGGCCCUUCCGAGCACGAACCACUGCAUCUUGUGCGGCCUCGGUCCGUUCAAGCCCGACGACCUCGCGUCGCAUUUUCCUACCUGCUUUGACUCGUUCUGUCCGAUCGGACGACCGGGCGCGGCGCCGCUCGUCGACCACCGUCAACAGCCCCCCGCGCCCCCGCGCCAUGCGUACGCCUACCUCAACACGUUUGCGGGGUCGCGUAUGCCCGACAUCUUCUCGCACUGAGCCGACCUGUCCUUGUAUUUGUAUAUACGAGACGUUUUUGCUUUGUAAACACCAUCAAUGGUAGUCAUUCAUGUCGUUGA